AUGCACCCCAACCAUGAAAAAGACCACACCAACCCCAACACCAACACAACCCUCACCACCGACAUAACCGACUGGUCUUAUGACAAAACCAACCCACGAAAUUGGACGACUCUCCGCAAAACAAUUUCGACUCUUAUAAUCUGCUCUAUCGGCUUUAUAACAACCCUCGGCGCCUCAAUCUACUCCCCAGGCCACACCACCGUACAAAAUGCCUUCCACACCUCAACAACAGUAUCCCUUCUCCCAUUAUCAGCAUACUCCCUAGGCCUAGCAUUCGGUCCCAUGAUCUCAUCUCCGUGCUCCGAGACUUUCGGCCGCAAAUUCGUCUACCUAUUUACCCUUCCUUUAUUCGACAUUUUCAUGCUAGGAUCGGGCCUGUCGCGGAACAUCGCCUCGUUAAUCAUCUGUCGCUUUCUAGCGGGCUUGUUCGCUGCGCCGGGUGUUUCUGUGGCUGCGGCUACGAUUUCUGAUUUCACGGAGCCUGCGGAUCGGGUGAUUCCUCUUGCGAUGUAUUAUUCUGUUCCGUUUAUUGGCAGUGCUAUUGGGCCGUUGAUUGGGGGGUUCGUUGUGCAAGAGAGGGGAUGGAGGUGGACGGCUUGGGUGGUUCUUGUGAUGGCUGCGGUGUUUCAUCCAUGUGCGUUGUUUUUGAGGGAGAGUUAUGAAACUAUUAUCCUGCAGAAGAGGGCUAGGAAGAUGGGGGUUGAAGUCAGGAAGGGUGACGGGUGGGUGAAGUUGAGGACGUUGGUUACUUCGACCAUUGUAAGACCAGUGCAUAUGCUCCUGACGGAGCCUUUGGUGGGGUUUCUGUGUCUUUAUACUGGAUUUCAGUUUGCGUUGCUUUAUACCUUUGUUGUGGCGAGCCCGUGGGUGUUUAAGACGGUUUAUGGGUUCUCGCUAGGUGCGCAAGGUCUUUCGUUUUUGGGUCUUGUCGUGGGUUGUUUGGUGGCUCCUGUGAUUUUGAUUACAGUGAAUCGGGCUCUGAAGAGACACCACCCGGUUCAGCAGGAUGGUUCUUUCAAUCCGGAGAGGAAGCUAUACACGGCGUUGUAUGGAAGUCUGGUUCUUCCAGUCGCUCUCUUCUGGUUUGGUUGGACUGCCAAGUCUUCGAUUCACUGGAUCAGUCCUAUCGUUGCACAGGGUAUGGCGCUUCUUGGGAGUAUUCUCAUCUAUGUGCCAUGCAAUUUCUACAUGCUUGAUGUGUAUGGCUCCAAGUAUGGUGCUUCAGCGAGCGGAGCGUCCUCGUUAUCGAGGUAUACACUAUCAGCGGCAUUUCCACUCUUCGUGACUCAGAUGUACGAGGGGUUGGGCGUGGGCUGGGCAACGAGUGUUCUCGGAUUCACAGCAUUGAUUAUGGCACCUAUUCCAUGGCUGUUCUAUUGGGUUGGUCCCAGGUUGCGCGCGAGGAGUGCGUAUGAACACGGCACUUGA